AAAACUCUUGAUUUUUCGCGCGAUCAGAGAGAGAGAGAGAGAUGAGUGUGUACGGAGGAGAUAGCUGGGCGAGAGAGGCACAGUACAGGAAGAGGAGGGUGGAUGAUCUGGCCGUUGAAGGAAUCGAGUCCUCCUCUUACAGGAAGCUCUCCAGCGGUAAAUACGCGUGCCUGAUUUGCCCUCACAAUCCCGUCCUCGAUACCCCUCUCAUGCUCUCCAUGCAUAUCAAGGGAUCUCGCCAUUGUGCGACCAAGUCCAAGCUUAAGGAAAAGGAACUAGCUAUUCAAGAUGAGAUAAACAAGAGAAUAGCCUUGUCAGACUGCUCUGCCAGCACCAUUGGUAGCGGUACAUCUACAAGAUUUGCCCAUAGGUCAGUAAGAAAACCUUUGAUUGAAGAAACAUGGAAAGCAGCUUCUGAGAUACUUUCCAAUAGAACUCCUGAGCGAAGUGAAGCAAAGGGUCUCAAUGAUGUCAAAUCUAGUAAGGGCCAAUCCACACAUGGGCCUCUUCAUUCUAAUAGUGAGGGCCCUUUUCUUACAAUAGAAGCAGCUGAUAAUUUUGUCACACAGUUGCAAGCAGAUUUGCAACAGCGUCAAGAGAGGGAACUAAAGUUCACAGAAGCCGGCUGGAAGCGAGAUGGCCAUGGCAAAUGGUUUAAAGAUGAAAAUGUUGAGUUUGACUCUGAUGAAGAAGAUCCUAACGUCUGCCUUGCAUGAUGAGGUGAAUAAGAAUAGUUUGGCAUCGUGGUACGUAGUUGCAUGGAACUUCAUUUAUUGUUGGCAUCUCAACUCAUUUGCCGAAUGUGGUAGUGUCUUGGGCUUGCCACAUAGUUGUCUAAGGUCAUGGCCAUGAUGGACAAUGCAACACAUUUCUGCUCUGGGAAUCUGGGAUGAUAUCAUUGAUAUGGCCUAUUCGGAUCCGACGUGUUUUAAGGCUGGUAUGAGCUAAGGAGACCACAAGAUUUUUUCAUUUGUUUACAACCGGGUGUCCGUACCAACAUGCGCGCACCUCAACCACAGGAUACUAUUUUGUUGGACUUGUAGUUUUUGUAAUCUGUUGUAACUCAAUCACAAAUCUGAUUAUCCUCAAGCUAGAAGUGGUCCUGUUCUCUUUCAAGUUUCCGGAACCUUCCUCUACGGCUCCUUUUGCUGAGAAAAUCCUUUGCUGGGAAUCACAGGAAGAAAUCAUUUUGUUGA